AUGAGUGAUCAGCGCUACAUCAAGGAGGGAUGGCUCAUGAAGCGCAGUCGGUCGGGGAGGGUCGUGGCCAACUGGCGGCGGAGGUACUUCCGCUUAACCCGCACCGAGCUGCUAUACUACAAGGCGCCGCAAGACCCUGCGCCGCGCCGCCGCUACGAGCUGACACUGGAUUCAAAUGUGCUUCGGACGAAUGACCAAGGAUACCCGCUGUGCUUCGUGUUUCAGCCUGCGCCCGGGCAGCCGAGUUUCUACAUGCAGGCGGAGAAUGAAGUGGAGAAGGAUGAGUGGCUCAGCGCCAUCUACAACGCCUACCGUCGAACGCCAGACGUGGCGCAACAGCAACCGCCAGCUCCGGAGAUGCCAAAGACAGAGCCUUUCCCUUCGGCAGUACCAACGCCUCCUCAGCCGCCGCCUCCACCAGCCCCGCUGGCCAGGAUCUUGCUCGACGUCACCGUUGAAGAGGCUCGCAAUCUCAAGGCUGCCGACUUUAACGGGAAGAGCGAUCCGUACUGUGUUAUCAAGCUUGUGGGCAAAGAUGGACAGAUUAUCGACAUCGAGGAGAAGAGAACUGAUUGGAUAACGGCUACGCUUGAGCCGGAGUGGAGACAGCACUUCCAAAUCGGCAGGGUGGUCGACUUGAAUUCAGUGAAGGCUGUUCGGUUUGACUUGUGGGAUCACGAUACUUUCAAGCGGCACGACAGCCUGGGAUCGGUGAUAGUGCCGUUUUCGACAUUCAAGGUGUCACCAGCAAGCAUGGCCCAGUCAAACCCUAUCGAUGACUGGUUCCGCGUGCAGCCCCCGCAGAAGACCGGAUUCUCCAUAUCUGGGCCCAACCUUGUUGACUUCUUUCAACGGGAAGACGAGGUUGUGACGACAAGUCCUGUUGCUACUGUAGCCAAUGAGCACACCGACAACCGGUUGGAGAUUACUGUCUUAGCUGCGAAGGACCUCAUUAGCGCCGAUCUCAAUAAUUCGUCGGACCCGUACUGCGAGCUGACCCUCCUUGAUGAUCAUGGUAAGCCUAUUCCAGGAGAGUACGCUACAACUGCCGUCGUGCAUCGUACGCGUAACCCAGCGUGGGCUAACGAGCACCACGUCUUCGGCUUGAUUUGCCACAUUGAGAAGGCAGCAAGCCUCAAAGUACGGAUUAUCGACUACGAUAAGGCCAACAAGAAUGACCCUCUUGGAUUUGUGCAGAUUGACUUGGAUCAGCUAUCGGCUCAUAAGUGGACGGAAUGGCACGCUCUUCAACCAGAAGCAGGCAUGUCUGUUCGCGAGAAUCUUGGCGAGAUCCAGUUACAAAUGUGGCUGAUUGGGGAGAGGCGCGGGGAACAUGUGCGAAGACUGAAAAUUCACAAAGAGUUGAAUAUGAAAGCGCACAACCAGUCUGUGGAGCAGCUUGAGUACGAGAAUGCUCAGUUUCAGCUUCAUGACGCCGCUUGCAAGCUUGAUGGAGCUCGCAUACCGUGUGCUGCGGCGGAUUAUCAGUCGCGCGACCCACGCUUUUAUGGAAUUAACGGGUGCAUUCACUAUUUAAACACCCAGAUAGCACGUGCGCAUCAAGAAAAAACAUCAUCUGAUGAAAGCUUUCAAGCGCGAGCUGGCCUGGAAGGGCAAGCGCUACUCGAAGUAUCGGUCGUUCAAGCAUCUCAUCUCAGACUCCAAAACAACCAGCCUGAUGCUGGUAGCAAACCGACUCCAUACGCGGUUAUUGAGCUUGACCCCUCCGUAUGCAUUGAGGAAGUCAAGCGUACAAGUGCACCGCUAUCUCCUCAAAAGAGUAAACGAGUGGCAGCAGCUGCAGCGGAAGUACGCAACGCUAGAUUUUCGAAGCGCACCCAGGCUGAAGUGUCUUUGCAUCGACCCAAGCUCGUGAAAAACGAAAUGCGAUCGGAGAAGUUUAUCGACAUCAACCCCGACAAGCCGAUGUUGAAAGUGGGGAUUCUUACUGGACAUGGACUUAGCCCCGCCGAUAUGAACGGGUACAGCGAUCCAUACUGCACAUUGUCUAUCACUGAUCGCACGACGGGCAAGGACAUUGAAACUGAAAAGAAGCGCACAGCGGUGAUAUCGAGAACGCUCAACCCUGUGUGGGCAAAUGAGAACUUCAUAUUUGGCAAUGUAAGUUGCAUAGCUAUAUCGCUUUCACAUUUUUACAACCAGUAG